UUCUGCGCCCGUGUUCGAUAAUUUGUACAAUCUGUGCAAUGUUUGAUUUGUGUGCGCCCCGCCCGUGCCUAGUUCCGGUGCGCGUCAUCCGGUAUAAAACCGUCGAACACACACAAGCCCGACCGUUUAGUACGUAGUUUAGUGUUUUAGAGCGAGUCUUCAGUGCCAACAGCAGCACAAUUGGCUAUCGGACUAUGCAUUGGCGUUACUGUGAAUUACUAGCCGGUGCAGUAGCAAAUCUUGCAACGGUUUCGAUCGGUUGCGGUAUAGCGUGGCCUUCCUCCACGUACCAGAAGCUAUCCGAUCCCAACCUGGAGGACAAUCCAUUCGCUGAGCUGUUGUCCAAGCGGGUUAGGAUGUGGUCCGAAGCGGCUCUAGCUAUCGGUGGCCUAGCAGGAACGUUGCUGGCUUCCUGGAUCACUCGCCAUAAGGGGCCACGUUUAGCGCUGCUACUCAGCAGCAUCCUGUACAUUGCGGCUUGGCUACUGCUCAUGAUCGUUAGAUCGAUCGCAAUGCUGAUCGUAGCCCGUACCAUUAUCGGCAUGGCUAACGGUUAUGUGCUGCUAGUGGUGACACUCUACAUCGGAGAAAUUGCCAGCGAUCGGUACCGAGGAGCGAUGGGGUGCUUCAUCCAGAUCGGCACAACGCUUGGCAUCCUGCUUGUGUACUGUACCGGACCGUUCGUAAGCUAUUUCGCGCUACAGGCCAUCUGCUGUGCAGUUCCAAUACUGUUCGGGACGCUGUUCCUUUACAUGCCCGAAACACCGCACUAUCUGGUACAGCGGGGACACAACCAGCGGGCAACGGAAACACUGAUGUUCCUGAGAGGAGCCCGCAAUGCCGAUGAAGUCCGCGCAGAACUGGAAGAGAUCCAGGAGUACGUAAAGCGGCGUGACGGGGAGGAUGAUGUCCCGGCACGGACAGUUCACCAUCUGAAACGUCUGCUGACAAACCGUGGCAAUCGUAAGGCCCUGCUGAUCAGCUUAGGAUUGGUGCUGUUUCAGCAGUGGUCCGGCAUCGACGUCAUCGUGGCAAACAGUGAGCUACUGUUUGCCGAAUCGAACGCAUCGCUAGGCCCCAUCACCGGUACAAUUGUGCUGGGUGUGUUACAAUUGCUUUCCAGCUGCCUAACACCGCUCUUCAUCGAACGUACCGGACGUCGUCCAAUCCUGCUGGCAUCAUCGAUCGGGCUAGCGAUCGCGUUAGCAACACUCGGCACCUACUUCAUGCUGAGUCGUCAUGCCGUUCCGGUAGCGUCCAUUCGCUGGUUACCACUGACCGCAUUGGUUGGCUUCGUGACACUAUACAACGGUGGGUUCGGACCGGUUGCUUGGGCGAUCGUGAUGGAGAUCUUCGCCCACGAGCUAAAACCGAUCGGUGUGACGCUGAGCGUGCUCGGGGCGGUACUGUUCGACUAUACCAUUUUGCAGCUCAUCACCGAGCUUACAGCGGCAGCCGGAUUAGAUUGGGCGUUCUGGAUGCUGGCAACCAUCUGUGCCACAGCUGGCGCGUUCUGCUGGCUACUUGUGAUCGAAACGGGCGGCCUGAACCUGUGCGAGAUACAGGAACGGUUGAGUGGUGUCAAGACGGUCCGGUUAUGAAAUCCUGAGCCACCAAUGCAGAUGUGUACUA